AUGAUUCCCUGCCCUUGCGGUCGCCGCUUCAAGUCGGAUGCAGCGCUGGCGCAGCAUCAAACUGACAAGAAUCGAGCCCACAACGGACGCGCCUCCUGCUGCGCGCCCUCCAGCACAAACACUUCGCUGUCGAUCACCGAGACAUCAGGUAACGUCGUCCAGGCUGUUAAGACUACUGGACGAUCUUCGCCUGCCAACGCAUCAAAUCGAGCUUGGCUGUGGAAGCAGAUCCGAAAGCCAGUGAAGCCUGUGUAUACCAUCGUCCAGUCGGCCAUCGUGCCUUCGACGACCGCAGUCAGCAGCGAGGCCGGCUGCCAGCUCGUGUGCAGCUAUAACUGGCAAGGAGGAAGACGGCUCACGAUUCGAGUCCCCGGGUUCGCGGCCAUCUGGCAGGAUUUGAGCCUACCGUUGACCCUCCCGCCCGACAAGGGAACUUACUUCAUCGACCAGAACACCAACCUGCUACCCCAGCACCCAUUCGAGGCCAUGUUCCGAGCAGCGGCUUUCAUGAACCCAGACGCGUCCUUCAAUGAAAUCGACAUCGUCACGAACCGUAACAGCCUUCGGAAGCUGUUCAACUUUUGCCUCGGCCGGUCCCGGGAGGACUUCCGGCUCAACCUGCACUUGGUGCGCAACACCCUGAUCGUCGAGCGCUGCGAGAAGCUCACCAGCGUAAUCAUCAACGGGUCGCCGAGCACCGGCUGGGGCAGGAACUUUGAAGAGGCCUCAGCCAAGUUCCCCGCCGGCCUGGAGAAAAGUUUGGGCCACCACCGUACCCUACGAUACUCCCUCGGAGCCUUGAGCUGCGCGGUGCAGUUCGAGGUGGAUGCCAGCUACGACCCAGACAGCGGAAAGCCCGCCCCCUUGGAUGCUUUGCUACCGCGCAUGGAGAAGCUGUCGGUCCAGUGUGCCCAGCGAGGCGAGACCAAGAGCCCACCGCCGCGGGACGUGCAGAUCGAGACGGUCUACGUCGGGGCGCGGGUGAUGGACCAGUCGACCGCCGCUGAAAUCAAGUCGGCGACCCAGAACAAGACCAUCGGCCAGUUCAUGCCGCAGCUCUGGUUUGGCAGGACGCCCUGGCUCAUCGUCGGUCGGCACGCGGAGGGCAAGUUCGGCAGCAGGAAGAUCACAGACGCGGCGGCCCAGUUCGCCGGAUGGGAGGCCACGAACCAGGAGACGUUGCGGAAGCUGGUGACCGUGCUCGGCGAGCUCCGGACCGCGGUCCGGAAGAACGAGGGCCGGCACUGCGCGGCAGUCUUCGAGCGGGGAACGGGGGCCAUUGUGGUUGUUGAAUCGACGAGCAACAAGCAAGCAAUCUCGGAGGAUCUGAGACAGAAGCUUUGGACCUGA